GUCCCAAGUCGUAACUAAUCUAAUUAAAAAAUCUAACAUCUAAAACUUAGAGGAUUCACCAUGAUUUACAAAAGUGACGGAACCACUGAAGUUCUGACAUAUUCAUCAGUAUGAACCACUGAAGUUCUAACAUAUUCAUCAAUGUGAACCAGACAUUUCCUCUUUAUUCAUUUUAUUUAUCAUCAAACGACGACUACGCCACUAUCGAACGUCACCCUUUCUCAUUGCUUCGUAGUGUCACCGGGAAGUAAAUGAUUUCAUAUUUUGUUCCGGGUUUAGAGCCAAGGUCUCUCGAUUAAUUGAAUCGGCCCAGUACAACUAAACUAUAACACUCAUCAUGCAUCUUCUUUAUACUUAUAUAUACAAUCUAUUGCUUGAUGUGUAUAUUUACUAAUUAGUUACACACCGAGCCAAAUUGUCACCAGCCACGGGUUGUCCUUCGACGGGUUUGCGCCAUGGCUCACUGAGGAGGAAAGCAAUAAGCUUUCAUGUAAAAAGGUUACAAACUUUAUAAAUAACCAAACCAGAUCAAAGAGGGAUUUUAACCAAAAAAAGAUCAAAGAGGGAUUAACAGAUGAAUAUGGUGUAAACGGAAAAAGUAUGUUUGGGACUUUGAGUCACUGACAUAUUCUGACUUAGGCCAAUUCUAAUUGGAUAACAAAACGCCCGUAGUUUCUUUUCCAAUAAGACAAAAAAAAAACACUAGAGUGAAUAGUGUUUGGCAUCACACCAAAUAUUUUAUAUGUAUAUUUUAUUAUGUUUCAUUUACUAUUGUAAUUCAAUUAUUAUUAUUUAGUUAAAAUUUGUAACUAAACAUAAAUAUACUGCAUUUUUUUGUAUUUUAAAAUUAUUUUUACAUAUCUAAUAUAUUUUUCAGAAUCAGUAUGAUGUAAUAUAGUUUUAUUUUCAAAUAUCGAUUAUAAUCUUAUUCAAUUUAGUCAAUAAUGAACAAUUAAUAAUAUGAUAUUAUUGUAAAGUUAUCUAAUAGUAAUUAAUUACAGCUUUAUGUAGUACUAUUAUAUUAACCAAACAUUAAAAUAACAUUUUUAUUUUUAUUUGAUAAUAUAGUUAAAUUUGUAUUACUAACUAAUACAAGUUUUAUCAAAAUAAAUAUAUUAUGUUAUGUACUUUUCAUAAUUAAUAGUUUUUAAUUUUUGAUAUAAUAUAUUAUAUAAAUUGUAUACAUAAAAGGUAUAAUAUUUAAAACCAAAAAUAUAUAAAUGUAAAUAAAUUUGAUAAACAGAAAAUUACAAAAAAAAUUAACAAACAUAAUAUCAAAGUGCGAUAAGAUAAUUAUUUAUUAAUUACAAGUAAUAAAAAUAUAAAAAUUAUUAGAACUGAAAACAUCAAAUAAUAUAUUAUAUUACUUUUGGUGUAAUAUUUGGUGUCAUGGUUAGAGAUGACAAAAAAAAAAUUAUUAGAGAUGACAUUAAAACACCAAAUUUGGUGUAAUUUCAACUCCAAAUUUAGUGUCAUGGUUCGAAAUGCCCUUAGAACUGAGUAUUAAUUGAAUCAAAAUCACUAAACCCAACCCAACCGAAACUUUAAUCCUAAGUUUCACGCUAAGCAAAUCAAACCCGAGUUAUGUUCAAGUUCAAACAAGUCAAAUUUGGUUCGAAUACCCAAUCUCCUUUUAAAAAAAAUCAACCGAAAGUUCACCGAUCACCAGGCUAUGUUAGAAUUUUUGGGGAGACAAGUUUGGUCUGAGUUUGUUACCCAAAAACUUGUAAAAGAUAAUCCAUAGAAGACUAAAACCUGUAGUUUGUGUCUAUCAAUAAUGGUCAUUUCUUUUGCUUGAAAUUGAAUUUUAUAGCAAUGGAUUGGGCGACGUAGUUUCGGUUUCCCGAGCGUGACGCUGAAACUCCACCACCUGGACGUGAUUAAUGAGCGUGGCAUACACCCAGGACUAAGAACUCAUAUUUGGCUCCCUAGUGACCUGUAAGUUUGUAACCAUUGAUUUUUUAUACUUAUUUUAUUAAUUUUGUCUAACUAAACAGAAUAUGCAGAUAUCUGCGAGAAAAAGAAAAGCGAGAGGAGUUCACAAGAAUGUGUAGUGAAUAUUUUUUUAAUUUCUCUUAUAACUCUUUUAUUUCACAAGAUUGCAGAAGAAGCGAAACUCACGGAUCCAUCGACACAUACUGUCAUAUACAUAUCUAUCCAUGACGAACUUCUUCAGAAUAUCAAUUUCUAAUCAGGGGUCGCUGUGAAGUAUUAUGCGAUCAUAUCGAAUGUUUUAUCAUCCUUCUAAUAAAAUACGAUAUAUACAACACAUCUUGGACUCUAAGUCUAUAACUGUACAUAAAAUAAUAAGCUGUUUAUUCGUUCAAAGAUAGAAAACGAUUUUACUACAGUGACAAACUUUGUAGAAAAGUCUGUAAAAUAUAGAUCUCAAGAGACUGUAGACGAUUCCCAGCUAUUAUUUUCUGUCACAGAAACGACAUUUAAUAAUAUAGAGUACUGUUUAUUUAGUAAUCUUGAUUUUCUUGGAUAAAAAACAACUUGAUGACCAGAAUUCAAAUAGGCUUAAGCAAGAGAAGACGUUAUACGACUCUCAUUCGCUUACAUGUGAAUGUCAAUUAAUUUUAUGAUUUUCUCCAAAUCCAAUCAUUUUCUUUUUGAUAAAAAAUCCAAUUAACAUUUUCAGCUAAUUAAUUAUCAAAUACUACCUUAUCUUAUACAGAUAUUUAACUUAUCAGUUAAAUACUAUCAGUGCCCAGAGAUCAUAUAAAACUCAAAAGAAGAUGCUAGCAAGGUAUAAAAAGAGUAUUUGACAAAUUCUUGUUCUCGAAUAAAAUGAAAUAAAUAUGUUCAAUAAUUGGCGGCGUAUAAUCUACACAAUAAGUCAAACAAAUCUGCAUAUUAGAGUUAAGAGAAUAUUAUCUAAUCUAGUCAUUUAGAUAUCAUUCCUUUAAUUACCAAACAAAAGAUACGACUCCAUUCUUCUUCUUCAACCUAUUGACUAAAAUAGUACUAUAUUAGAACUUAUCCCUAACGCUUAAUGUGUAAUCUCAAUCAAGCAUCAAACUUUAGCUAGUAUCUUUCAUCGAUUCAAAUAUCUAUCUCGAAUAUUUAUUAUACAAAUAGAUUAUAAUGAAGAUGUGAUAAUCCUGUCAAAACUUCUAUUGAUCUCGAGAACAAUUGAUUACAAAUCCAAAGAUUUCUUUUUUUUUUUUGGGCAAGACAUUCAUUAGAAACAUAAGCGAAUACAUAAUGGAGUUACAGGAUUGCAGUGUAGCCUCUGCAAGCGCAUAUGCUGCCCUGUUUUCAGUCCGAGAAGCAUAAUUAAAGGAGAUUACAAAGAGAUCACAAGAUAAGCUUUGAAUGUCAUGGAGUAUUCCAAAGAGUUCCUUGAUUGAGUCUCUUCCGUUGAUGGCUCUGAUAAGAUCUGAGCGUCCAAAGAUUUCAACUAUGUAUUUUUCUAGAGCAUGAAAGUGCGUAUAAACAUUCAAAAAACAAACUCACUACUAAAGUCGCGUACUUCGGUUAUCCACUUUUUGGAUAGUAAUUUUUUUUUUAUGGACAUUAGGGACCAGUGAGAAGAAUCUCUUACAUGAGAAUCUAUCUUAUCAAGAAUAGACAACCGUUCUCAGUCUUUACAUGCUUUUACUCUACCAGUAUAUAAAUUGACAAAUGUACGAAUAUUUGAGUAAAUAUAUGUAUCUGUAACAUUUCCAUAAAUAUUCGUAUGUUUGAUGCUUUUGAAAUAUUCGCAAAAGGAUCGUAUAUGUGCCAAUUUUUCAAGGCAGCUAGAAUUUUUGGUCUCCAAUUUGAGAUAAUUAUAGCAUAAGAUGAAAUGUCGUUAUGAAUACUAUUCCCGGGAACUGAAUCUUUUCUUCUGAAUCUCUCUUCCCAACUACGUGUAGACAACGUGUAUCAUCAUCACGUGAUACAUUUCUUUCUUUCUUUAAACUCAUGCGUGAUACAUUUAUAAUUUUUUAGAAAAAAACAGAUCAUUCUUUUUUUCACACUACUUUAUGUGAAUUCUAAGUUUUUUAAGUUUUUCAUAUAAAUAGAGAGGACGUUUUUUUUUUGUCGUAUGAUGAGAUAUCAUUUUGAGUUGAGAGACAUAUUAAUAUCUAAAGUAUUCCAACUCAUAUAUAUUUAUGUUGUUAUCACUUAAUAAUAUCUAAUGAUAAGACAAAACAAAAUUUAUGAAUCAAAAUGUCUUAUUUAGAACUAUCAUAAGUUUUUGAGUUCGAGAAUACUACAAAACAAAAUUUAUGAAAGGUUCCCAAUUUGUUCAUAACUGUUCGUUCAUUCAACUAAUUAUAAAUUUUUAAUCUGAAGCUUUAUAAUUUAUCAAGGACGACCACUAAAAUUUAGUAUACAUGAAACAAAAUGAAAUUUAUGUUGAUUAAUUACUUUUAUUGUUUAAAAACCUCCCAGAUAUUUUUUCAUUAUAUUUUUUGAAGAAGUAUUGAUUAAUUUGUGAGCCUUAUUUGAUCAAAAAAAAAAAAUUUGUGAGCCUUCAAGAUAAAGAAGCAAAAAAAUUGUGAGCCUUCAUCAAGUGGAAAUUUUUCGUGGACCUCAUCUUCUUUGAUUAAAUUUUAUUUUCUUUUAAACAAAAUAAUUAUUAUACAUAUAAAGAUGUAUAUCUUUAUUAUACAUAUAAAGAGAUAUAUUAAAGUUAUAUAUAACUAUUGUUUUUGGGUAGUAUUACGUUCUCCUAAUUAUGUUUAAAAUGGCAACUAUUUUAGAUUAGAAAACGGAUCAUAUAAACAACAUGCGUGAGAUUUAAAGAAGCUCAAAUUCUUCUUUUGUUUUCUUUUCAACUUUGGCCCUAUGUGACCAAGGAGGGUCGGCAACUUAUCUUCGGAAUGGCACGUGGCCACAUAGGAUUGGUUGGACAUCAGAUCCGGUGCCGGACUUAUCCUCUUUAAGAUAGCUCUUUUUGUUAUUACAAGAGAAACAUUGAACAUUGAAGUCUUUGAAGAAUCUAACUGUUCGCGUCUUUAUCCGGAAGAGAUAAAGAAUCCAAAUUUGUCAAUAGGCUUACUACAAACAAACAUUUAGAGGAAAAUCUAAAAUAAAUCGUUACAAGUUAAAAAAAAAAAAAACCAGUGGCAAAGAAUAAAAGAUAGCGAAGCUUCUAAAUUUCUCUUACAAGGAAAAUAAAAUUGAAAUAAUUUAAAACGAGAAAUAGGAAAAGAAGCAAGUCUUUUCAGCAUCAAAAAGAGAAAACAUACCCAUAAUAAGCUACAUUUCUUGAUGGAUGCUGUUCAUGAUCAUGAUGGCUCCACUAUCUCCAUAACCUAAUCCCUUGUGGCAUUAUGUAUAUAUAGCCCCAUUGAGAUCUUAUUGCAAUAUCACAAACCUUACACAACUAUCCCCCUCUUCAUUCCAAGUUCUCUUACAUAACAGAAUCACAAAGAUAAUCUGUUUCAAAGUGAGUAGAGUAUAAACUUUGACAAUUAUUAAUGGAAGGUAAAGGACGAGUUGUAUCAUCAACUUCUUCUUCUUUAACAACCGAACUAUUCGGUUCCAAAGAUCCUGUGCCGCCAUCUUCUUCCUCUGGAAUCUUCUCCUCCAUUUUCCCUCAUCCCUCCAAGGGCGUUGCAAGAGAUGGUCAAAGCUCCAAACAUGGCUCACAAGCUCAACGUAGAGAAACUUCAAAUGCACAAGACAGAGUUGAGCCAUGCAAUCUAAGCUCUUCUCUUUACUACGGUGGCCAAGACGUAUACCCUCGAUCCACCACCAACCAAACUUACCCUACAGUUAAAAACGAGGGUCCAAGAAGCCAAGAAAACGAUGCUAAUGGACAUAACUCGCAAGAUGUUUCAAGAGGAAACUGGUGGCAAGGUUCUCUUUAUUACUAAAGAACCAGUUUCUUUGUAAAUCUCUCAUGAAGCUCAAGUCAUAUACUAAUUAUCUACCAAUCAAGACUUUUGUAUAAAUAAGCUUAUGCAGAACAAAGGAUAAUAUAUUUGGCGAUAAUAUUGAAAGAGCUCUCCUAGUAAACGUGUGUUGGUAAUGAACUGUAUCAGUAUUUACUCUGCUUCUCUCUUUCUCAUGUUCAACAAAAAAAGAUGAAAUAUGUAGCAUUUUUUUUGGGUAAUCAAAUAUGUAGAAUUUUACCA